GGUGAAAGCAUGUAUAAAAAUACAUCUGCUGUAGUAUCAUCCAGUCUACUUGAAAAAGAUCCUGCCUUUCAGAUGAUUACAAUUACCAAGGAAACAGGGCUUGGUCUGAAGAUCCUAGGAGGAAUUAACCGGAAUGAAGGCCCAUUGGUAUAUAUUCAGGAAAUCAUUCCUGGAGGAGACUGUUAUAAGGAUGGUCGUUUGAAGCCAGGAGAUCAACUUGUCUCAGUAAACAAGGAAUCUAUGAUUGGUGUAUCAUUCGAAGAAGCAAAAAGGAUAAUUACCAGAGCCAAGUUGAGGUCAGAAUCUGCUUGGGAGAUAGCAUUCAUAAGACAAAAAUCUGACAGCAAUCACCCAGAAAAGCUAUCAUGUACAUCCCUUUUAGAAGCUUCAGAAGAAUAUGGACCUCAAGCCUCAACAUUUAGUCUUCUUUCUUCUCCCCCUGAAAUACUAAUUCCAAAGACUUCAUCCACUCCCAAAAUUAAUGAUGCCAUUUUACCUUCUUAUAAGAUAAGUCAGAUAAAAACUGGAUACAACAAAACAGAACAGACUCCAAUUACUUCUUCAGACAACAGCACUACGGAUAUGUCUAAUACAGAAUUGUUUACUAUUGCCGCUCUAAAUUAUCUUGGUAUUCAGCCUACAAAGGAACAACACCAAACCCUGAGACAGCAAGUACAAGCAGACUCAGAGGGGACAGUGGCUUUUGGAGAUUUUGUCCAGGUUGCCAAAAACUUAUUUUGCUUGCAGUUGGAUGAAGUAAAUGUUGGUGCACAUGAAAUUUCCAACAUACUAGAUUCACAGCUUCUGCCCUGUGAUUCUUUAGAAGCAGAUGAAAUAGAAAGGCUUAAGCGUGAAAGAAAUGAUGCCUUGAAAGAAGUGAAUAUACUUAAGGAAAAAUUAUUUGAAUCAGAGAAGCAAAGGAAAGAAUUGACAGAAGAGCUCCAGAAUGUGAAACAAGAAGCCAAAGCUGUAGUUGAAGAAUCCAGAGCCCUGCGAAGUCGGAUUCAUCUUGCCGAAGCGGCACAGAGGCAGGCACACGGCAUGGAAAUGGACUAUGAAGAAGUGAUCCGUCUGUUAGAGGGCGAGAUUACAGAGCUAAAGGCUCAGCUUGCUGAUUAUUCCGACCAAAAUAAAGAAAAUGUUCAGGAUUUAAGAAAGAGAAUAACAGUACUUGACUGCCAAUUGCGAAAAUCAGAAAUGGCUCGAAAAACCUUUGAGGAAUCCACUGAAAAACUUCUUCAUUUUGUAGAGGCUAUUCAAGAAAUAUUUUCUGAGAAUUCUGCUCCCUUAUCAAACUUAAGUGAAAGAAGAGCUAUGUUAGCUUCUAAAACUUCCCUCACAUCACUGGGAAGGAAUGGACGUAACAUCCCAGCAACCCUGGCGCUUGAAUCUAAGGAACUUGUUAAAUCUGUUCGUGCCGUACUUGAUAUGGAUUGUUUACCUUAUGGGUGGGAGGAAGCUUACACAGCAGAUGGAAUCAAGUACUUCAUCAAUCAUGUAACACAGACUACAUCCUGGAUCCAUCCCGUGAUGAGUGUCCUGAAUCUGUCUUGCUCAGAGGGGAAUGAAGAGGAUUGCUCUAGAGAACCUCCCGACCAGAAAUGUUGA